AUGGCUAAAGAUAUUGAAUUCAAAGCGAAAGCCAUGCAAAACAACAUAGUAGUCAUCGGGGCCGGUGUUGCUGGAUUGACAACAGCGCUUCUCCUAUCGAAGAAGCCUGGCUAUAACAUCGUCGUCGCAGCGAAACAUAUGCCCGGCGACUAUGACAUUGAAUACGCAUCACCGUGGGCCGGUGCAAAUUACAUGCCAGUGUCAAUCAGUGGAACAGAUGCCGCGAAAUGGGACAAAAACACAUGGGGACCGCUGGAAGACCUCGCGAAAAAUCACCCUGAAGCAGGCGUACACUUCCAAGAAUGUGAGAUUCACAAUCGAGCGAAGGAUGUCGGGUCAGCAACAGCCAAUUGGUUUAAAGAGCUGUUGUCCUCCAAUCCUUGGUUUGCCAAAGUUGUUCCCAACUUUCGGUCGCUUCCAAAAGAGUCUCUCGGACCAGGCAUAGAUUCUGCCACAGUCUUUACCUCGGUGUGCAUCAAUACCGCCAUCUACCUUCCAUGGCUUGUUUCUCAGUGCCUUGCAAAUGGUGUGAUUUUCAAACGGGCCAUCUUUGAUCAUAUCCUGGAUACCACUGUAUCAAACAUCCAUCCAAAUGGCCGUGUUGAUCUCGUGGUCAAUUGUACAGGUCUGAUGGCAUCCAAGCUGGGUGGAGUCCAAGACACUUCGGUGGUCCCCGCACGAGGGCAGAUCGUGCUAGUCCGGAACGACGCAGGGAAGAUGUUAGACAUGUCUGGGACCGAUGAUGGUGACGAUGAAGCUUGUUAUGUGAUGACGAGAGCCGCUGGUGGAGGCACCAUCCUCGGCGGAUCUUACCAGAAGGGUAACUGGGAGUCUCAGCCCGAUCCGAAUUUGGCAAUCCGGAUCAUGAAGCGGGCGGUGCAAAUGUGCCCUACAUUGACCAACGGAAAGGGGAUCGAGCAUCUGGAUAUCAUCCGUCACGGGGUUGGGCUCCGACCCGUCCGAGAGGGAGGUACCCGCAUCGAAAAGGAACGCAUUGGAGGAAUUUGGGUGGUUCACAACUAUGGUGCCGGGGGUGCUGGAUAUCAGUCUUCCUAUGGAUGUGCCCAGGCUGCGGUCGAUCUCAUCGAUCAAGCUUGUAGUGUUCAAGCCAAGCUGUGA